AUGGCCGAAGACAAGCUCGAACCCAUCGAUGAAUUCAACGUCCGUGAGACGAAGCCGAAGAAGGUCGCGUACUUCUACGACAGCGAUGUCGGGAACUACGCGUACGUAGCAGGACAUUAUAUGAAGCCGCAUCGCAUUCGAGUCGCUCACUCGUUGGUCAUGAACUAUGGCUUGUACAAGAAGAUGGAGAUCUAUAGAGCAAAGCCAGCCACUAAGUACGAAAUGACCCAAUUCCACGCCGACGAAUACAUCAACUUCCUCUCGACCGUCACUCCCGACAAUAUGGACAACUACUCGAAGGAGCAAUCCAAGUACAACUUUGGAGACGACUGCCCCGUCUUCGAUGGUCUGUUUGAGUUCUGUGGUAUCUCCGCAGGUGGCUCAAUGGAAGGCGCUGCGCGUCUGAACCGGCAAAAAUGUGACAUCGCAAUCAACUGGGCGGGAGGGCUACAUCACGCGAAGAAGUGCGAGGCGAGCGGGUUUUGCUACGUCAACGACAUCGUCCUUGGCAUCCUCGAGCUCCUCCGAUUCCACAAGCGAGUUCUCUACAUCGACAUCGACGUCCACCAUGGCGAUGGCGUCGAAGAAGCGUUCUACACCACCAACCGCGUCAUGACAUGUUCUUUCCACAAAUACGGUGAAUUCUUCCCGGGCACCGGCGAGCUCCGCGACAUCGGAGUGGGCGAUGGCAAGAAUUAUUCCGUGAACUUCCCUCUCCGGGACGGCAUCACCGACAAGACCUACAAGAGCGUUUUCGAGCCCGUCAUCGAAGCGAUCAUGCAGUGGUACCAGCCUGAAGCGGUCGUCUUGCAGUGCGGCGGAGAUAGCUUGUCGGGAGAUCGUGUGGGCAGUUUCAAUCUCACGAUGAAGGGCCAUGCGAACUGUGUGAGAUUUGUCAAGAGCUUCAAUCUGCCCACUCUGGUCCUUGGUGGCGGAGGCUACACGAUGCGGAACGUGGCGCGGACAUGGGCUUUCGAGACCGGGGCCCUAGUCGGACAACUAAUGCCUACCGUCUUGCCUUUUAACGAAUACUACGAUUAUUUCGCCCCUGACUACGAACUCAACGUCCGUGCCUCCAACAUGGAAAACAGCAACUCUCCAGAAUACCUCGACAAGAUCAAAUACCAAGUCAUCGAAAACAUCAAGCGCACCGCCUUCAACAACUCCGUGCAAUUGACCGAAAUCCCCGGCGAGCUCCGCCCCGGCAUCUCCUCCGAAGACGACGACAUGCGCGACGACGAGGACGAGGACGCCUUCCCGGACAUCCGCGUGACCCCGCACCGCGAAGACCAACGGACCCACGACGACCGCGAGUUCUACGACAGUGACAACGAGGAGACGGAGCGGCCCCGGGCGCGACGGCGCCUCAGCCACUUGGUUGGGCGCAUGAUACUGCAAGACGAGCACAAGGACACCGAAUCCCGCGACGCCGUGAUGGCGGACAGCGAGGACAUCCUCGCCGAGAUCGCCAAGGUCGACGACGACAUGGACGAAGACCCUGACGCCCUACACACCAACCACCCCAUCGACCCCACCAACCCCACCAAUAAAACCAUCGAAGCCCUCGCCGCCUCCCUCCCCACCGACCCCUCCGCCUCCCCCACCGUCUUCCCACCCGCCGCAUCCCAACCACCAGCUGCCGAACUCGCACCCGAGCCAACAACCAGCUUUACCGAACUCCCAGCUGAGAGGCCGACCGCGGACGAGGAUGGUGACGUGGCCAUGGACAAGGACGACGCGAAGGACGCCGUCCCGGGCGUGGAGAAGGUGGAGGCGGAGACGGAGGGUGCAGACGUGCCUGCGAAGGAGACGGAUACACACGUGGAGGCGGAGAAAGAUGCGGAGAUGGGGAUGGAGGGGACGAAAGGGACUGUGGCUAUGGCUACGGUUGCGAUCGUGGAUGCGGGUGCGGAUGGGGAACAAGGGAGUAAGGAGGGGGAGGGGAGGAAGUUGGUGGAGGCGGAAGCGGAGAGCGGGGAGAAGGCGAGCGAGUGA